AUGCCAAGGUUACCAGUUGGUCGAGGUCGUGGUCGAGGUCGUGUUGGCCAAGAAGUUGAUCCAAUUGAUUAUAAUACGAUGAAGGAAGAAUUAUUGAAUGAAAUCCGAGUGAUGAUGGGUCAGAAUAACAUUCAUCAUGAAGAAGGAGACGAGGAAGAAGGGGAUAAUACCAACGAAGAAGGGGAUUAUACCAACCCUUUUGGUAGAGGACGCCGUGAAGGUAGGAUAAUCCAACGUGACGAUUCUGAGCGCUGGAAGGCCGGAAUAAAAGUGGAGGUUCCAGAAUUCUAUGGAGGUUUAGAACCGGAGGAGUUUCUUUCGUGGUUGAACACAGCUGAGGAAGUAUUGGAAUUUAAGGAUGUACCAGAUAACAAACGAGUUCAGCUGGUAGCAACUAUAUUUCGGGGAAGAGCUAAUUCGUGGUGGCAACAACACAAACUACAACGCUCUCGUAAAGGGAAGCAGAAGUUAGUCUCGUGGGAGAAGAUGAAGAAACAUAUGAGAGCAGAAUUUUUACCACACAACUAUAUCAGCUUGAUGUACCAGCAACUACAAAACCUACGCAAGGGAACACGUUCUAUAGACGAGUACACGAAGGAAUUUUAUCGAUUACUUUCUCUUAACGAUUUAUCGGAGUCAGAUGAGCAAAGAGUCGCACGUUAUGUAGGUGGUCUUCCUCAGCAAUAUCAAGAUACACUUAACAUGUUUGACUGUUGUUCUAUAUCGGAUGCACAUCAUAGAGCAAGGCAGGUAGAGAAACAAGUGGGGCGCAGAAGUUCAAAUUGGGGUAACAAUGUAGCAUCUUCCCCAACAAGUAAUCGUAGUACGUCAACAACUAGUACUGUUAACAAACCUAAUUCGGUUUCGACCCCAAGUAAAACUCCAAUCAGCUAUUUUGGAGGCAAGUGUAAUAAGUGCGGUGAAACUGGGCACAAAGGCACUGACUGUCGCAAAGUAGAACGUGUGAACAAGGUUCUUUUCAAUGAAGACAAUCGUGAAGAAGAUGAUUGGGUACCUGAAUAUGAUGAGUAUCCAGAGGAUGACUCUGAACCUAGUGAUGAAGUAGUUACAGGAGAUACAGGAGUGAACUUUGUAGCAAGAAGAAGUUUUCUCACUCCACGUACAGAUGAGGACGACAACUGGUUACGUAAUAAUAUAUUCCAGUCGACAUGUACGAUCGAGGGAAAAGUUUGUCGUUUAGUUAUUGAUCUUGGAAGUUGCGAGAAUAUUAUUGACGAAGAGGUCGUGAAACGGUUUAGGCUGGAAACCAAGGCACAUCCGCAUCCAUAUAAACUUUCUUGGCUUAAGAAAAGGAAUGAGGUGAAAGUAAACAAACGUUGCUUGGUUUCUUUUUCGAUUGGUAACAAAUAUAAAGAUAAAAUAUGGUGUGACAUUACUAGUAUGGAUGCUUGUCACUUGUUGUUGGGUCGACCAUGGGAGUUUGACAGGAAAACUAGUCAUGACGGGCAUAAAAAUACCUACAGCUUUUUAUGGAACGACGUACGUAUAGUACUUGUACCCAGCAAAGAAAUUGCACCUAAACCAUCUACCGGACAAACUACCAAUCUCUUGUCGUUUAAGCAGUUUGAAGUUGAGGCAGAAGAUGCAGGAGAACUGUAUGUGUUGAUUAGCAAAGACCAACAACCGGAUGAAAGUAAUAUCCCUAUUGCAGCUCAACCUUUAAUUAAGGAAUUUAUUGAUGUUUUCCCUAACGAGUUGCCAGACGAGCUACCACCUCUCCGGGAUAUACAACACCAUAUUGAUCUCAUCCCUGGAUCAAGCUUGCCAAACAAAGCGCAUUAUAGAAUGAGUCCUAAGGAGCAUGAAGAACUUCGUCGUCAAGUGGAAGAGUUGUUACAGAAAGGUUUGAUCCGACAGAGCCUAAGUCCUUGUGCUGUACCGGCCUUGUUGAUUCCAAAGAAAGAUGGAACGUGGAGAAUGUGUGUUGACAGUCGAGCCAUCAACAAAAUCACAGUAAAAUACCGUUUUCCAAUUCCUAGAUUGGAUGACCUGCUAGAUCAGUUGUGUGGAGCGAAGGUGUUUAGCAAACUCGACUUGAAGAGUGGGUACCAUCAGAUCAGAAUUCGAGAAGGUGAUGAGUGGAAAACAGCUUUUAAGACUCGAGAAGGGUUAUAUGAGUGGAUGGUUAUGCCGUUUGGAUUGUCCAAUGCGCCUAGUACAUUCAUGCGUAUAAUGAAUCAAGUUCUCAGGCCCUUUAUCGGUACUUUUGUGGUCGUUUAUUUCGACGAUAUUCUUAUUUAUAGUGUUGAUAUGAACAUGCAUUUUCAACAUCUUCGAGAAGUGCUUUCAACUCUACGUCGGGAAAAAUUAUUUGCAGCCAUCAAGAAGUGUUCAUUCAUGACUGACCAAAUUCUAUUUCUCGGCUAUGUCGUAACCAAGGAUGGAAUAAAGGUAGAUGAUUCCAAGGUUGAAGCUGUAAGAAAUUGGACCACACCCACUACACUGCACGAGGUAAGGAGUUUUCAUGGUUUCGCUUCUUUUUACCGGCGUUUUAUUCAUCACUUCAGCACCAUUAUGGCACCCAUUACUGAAUGCAUGAAAGUAGGAAAGUUCUCAUGGUCUGAGGAAGCUGACAAAGCCUUUGAAGCAGUCAAGACAAAACUAAUAACCGCACCACUAUUGGUGUUACCUGAUUUCAGCAAGCCAUUUGAAUUACACUGUGAUGCAUCGAAGGUGGGAAUUGGAGCUGUUUUGAGUCAGGAAGGACGACCUGUAGCAUAUUUUAGUGAGAAGUUGAAUGGUGCUAAGACCAACUACAGUACUUAUGAUGUGGAGUUUUAUGCCAUAGUUCAAGCCUUGAAGCAUUGGCGACACUAUCUAAUUCAUAACGAAUUCAUUAUGUUUUCUGACCAUGAUUCUUUAAGGCAUAUCAAUAGGCAAGAGAAGCUUUCAUCUAGACAUGGUAAGUGGGCUUCUUAUUUGCAAGAGUUCACUUUUGUACUGAAGCACAAAGCUGGGUCGCAGAAUCAAGUUGCUGAUGCUUUAAGCCGUCGAAGUAUGUUACUCAACACCAUGCGAACUGAGGUAAUAGAUUUUGAUUCGUAUUCUGAACAUAUUCUAACCGAUCCACACUUUGUGGAGAUUGUGGAUAAUAUCAGUCUAGGAAAACGAAGUGAUUACCUUAUGCAUGAAGGAUUUCUCUUUAAAGGUAACCAAUUGUGUAUUCCCGAUUCUAGUCUUCGAUUGAAGAUUAUUAAGGAGUUACAUGACGAGGGGCACAUGGGUAGAGAUAAACUUUCCAGCUUGUUUCAAAAUCAUAUUACUGGCCAACAAUGA